AAUUUAUUUCAGUAUUUCGUCAUAUAAGAUUGCUGAAGGUCAUUCUUCUUGUUCCUUUUUCGCUUAGACGAAAUAUUGGCAUUACUGUAGAUUACAUUUCUCUCGUGUGUGUAGGGGAAUCCCCUAAUUCUAAAUAUAACGUCGAUAUACCACGAUAUCCUGUUGGCGUGUAUCAUUUUAUUAAUAACCGCCAACGCGAGUUGAUCCACAUAUUCAUUACCGCUAUUAUCGAAUAUGAAUCGAAAUAAUAAAAGUACCCAAAAGAAUAAAAAAAAGGGUAAGAAGUCUGAUAAGAAAAAGCAUAAUGAAAGCGCAAAAGUGUCAAACGAAUCUGUCGCUCCAUCAAAAUCUGAACCAAAGCCAGAUGUUUCAAAUAAUAUUGAGACUGUAAAAGAGAAGGUGGCUCAAGUUUCAUUAUCAAAUGAUGGAGCUGUUGCAAGUGACUCACGCUCUGAUCCUUUUAUGAGAAAUUGUAAAACAAACAGCAAUGAGAGUAAUAAACAUAGUAAUGAUACUCGGAAGGCAGAAUGUCCAUUGAAACAAGAUAAAAGAUCGAUUGAAUUGGAAGAAGCAUUGGAUACCUAUAUGAACUGCUUUCGUUUAAAGAAAAACAUGGAAUAUAAGUGUGUUGAAGAGAUUGAAGCUGACUUGUUCGCAAUGAAAAAGGAAUAUCAUCUAGGACAUUGCGUUGCUGAAGAUUUCAAUAUGGGAAGUGGAAUAGCACUUGAAUUCAGAAAACUGUUCAAGCAAGUUGAUGUCCUUCUGAAUCAGAGAGUUAAACAAGGUGGUUUGGGUUUAUUGGAAUCAGACGGACGAUACAUAUAUUAUCUGGUAACUAAACGGGAGUCAAAUGGGAAACCCACAUUGGAAACCUUGUUCAAGUCAGUUUAUAAAAUGAAAUGUCAUAUUGUCGAGAACGAUGUGAAGAUGUUGGCGUUGCCAAGAAUUGGUUGUGGCCUAGACAGACUUGAAUGGAGCGAAGUCAAGAACAUGUUGGAAUUCGUUUUCACAGGCACAGAGUGCAAGAUAACGAUCUGCAAUUACCAGAUGGCACAAGAAUCAGUGAGUGUAGCAAAGAGUAAACACCAAUUAAGAAAAUGCAACAUCACUCAAGUCUUUGACGCCGACAUUAAGGACAUUGAAGAAUAUUCUAUAAUCGUCUACUUGGGUUCAGAGGAUGCGAGAGUCACGCCGCAGAUAAGCAAGUUGGAUUCACACUUUAACAUUAUGAAAGAAUAUAGGAAUUCGCCCAGGAUUGGCACGACUGUGUUAACAAAAGUACAACAAGACAAAUAUCUUAUCUACGGCUGUAUUGUCAAGAGAAAACAAUACGAUCCAGUGGAUUACGUUCAGUUCUUGAAAUGCAUCGCGGACAUCAAUAAAAUGAACUUGAAAUUAAAGCCUCCAUAUUAUUAUGUUGCGAUGCUUAAAGAAAAUGAUAAUGAUAAUUUGCUUAUGAGUAAGAUCGUCAAUUUGAUGAGAAACUGUUUCCACAACGUCGAUAUUCUGCUGUAUCCGAACCCAAGCUUCCCUAAAGGUUAUAAGCGUAAGAGCGAAGUACAGCCUCGCCAACGUCAUCAAUCUUCAUCUAAACGGCAAAAACUGAUUAACGAAUAUUUCAAAUAAAUAACUCUUGUUUCUAUCCUAAUAUAUGUUUAACAAAUAGAUCAUUCGACAUUUGUAUAUUGUA